CCCCUUUCAUGAGGCAGAGACACAAAGCCACACAUCAUGUGAGUGUUUUUGAGCGCCUGACUUAAGUGUGCCCAACCAAAAAAGCUGAUCAAAACAAAAAGGGGGAUGCUGCAUUAUUAACUUAUGCAACACAACAUGCCUACUGUCCGCCGCAACUGAACAAAGUGAAAGUAAAAAUCCUCCCUCACUGUGUCAAGUCAGCCACGCGGUGCAUUCAGCUUCCUGUCUUGGUGAAUGGUUAUGUCCUGCAGACCAAUGAGAGAGCAGCUGCACGGAUGCAGCAGUGAUCCAGGAAAAAACAGCCCAUUGUUCCUGGGACGUCAGAAAACUGUGACCUCUCUCUCUUCCCUUGACUCAAGACGUAGUACCCUGCUGGCAGGUCAUCAUGAGCGGGGACGUCAAGGUGAGGUCCACCCUUCGGCCACAUGCCCCAUCGGGAAUCCCGCUUCCACGCACCACUUUAUCCUCCACCCCAAAAAUGGAAAGGCACCAACGGACCAGUGACCUGCCCAGAGCCUUGACACCUACCUCAAAACGCACACACACACCCACUCAGUCUCCAUUACUUUGUCCACGGAGCACAAGCCUCCGCAAGUCAUCCUGUAGGGACACGUCGACCAAUGUUGGCCUGAAGCCUUCCUCGAUCCACCAACCAGGCGCUUCACAUACUUCCCAGAUCUCUUCUUUAGCCAGCAACAGUCCCUUGACUAAACGCAGGGUACAUUUACCACACUCCAAUGACACUGUGGAUAUGGAAAAGCCCAGACAGAUUCCUACUGAUUUUUCACUUGAUGGCAAUUGUAAUAGAAGUCCAUGCACAAAUAAAAACCAAACAUUGGGUGCCACCGACUUACAUCCAUCGCUACAGGUCAGAAGAGGAGAGCAAUCAACUUCAAGACUGAAUAAUGAUGUCAUGCUAGGAAGGGAAGAGGUUCCAAAUAUCGACCCGACCCAGGUUUCUAUCGUUAACAAUGGAAACAUGUACCAACCUGCCUCUCAUCAGGAGGCCAUCAGCAGUCUGAGUGACAGUGCCGCACAAUCAGAUGAGGAGAUGAGGACACCAGAGGAUUCAAGUCCAGCGUCCUCUACCAGUCUUCCACUGCUUCCACCAGGCAUGCUCGCCAUGCCUGUGAUGUGCAAGCAACCUUUAGAUGAGCUGCAUCAAGAUCUGCAAAAUGAGGCCACUUCCCUAGAAACUCAAGCUCCACGAGUAAACAUGGCAGCAGUUGCUCCUUUCAGCUUCCGGUUGCAGGUGCAGGAGGGUGAUCUGUCAUUGGAUGAACUGAGCGACUGUUCAUCAGGAUCCAUAGAGAUCUGCUGUGAUGACCUGACAACAGGAGGGAUGCUGGAGGCUAAUGUGGCUAACAUUAGCAUGACAGCAAAGCCGAGGGAGCCGGACCUCAGGAUUCCUGCUGUUUCCAGCCAGGAUUCUUCAGCCCAGUCGAUGGCCUCAAAGAAGCCCCCAGCAAAGCCAUCUGCGAUACCUCAGGGACCACCACGACCCUCCAGGUCAGAGCUAAAGGUCUACCGGCCAACUAGCGGAUCCAUCCCAAUUCCAGUCUCAAAUCCGCCCAAGCUACGCAAGCAGAGAUCACUCAGCAACUUGGCUGUACUCACUGAUGCUGAGAAAAAGCUUCACCUGUACCAGACUCCCGGGUGGACUGAUGAUUCUGGCCAGCCUGGGCCCGGCAUCAACAAAGGAGGGCAAACUAAGGCACGACCUGCUGUGAGUGGUAAAACAUCCCUUACAAGGAAAUUUUCAAAGUCAGAACAGUCCCUCUUCCAGGGAAAGCAGAAACCAUUGAACUCCCAGACUGUGUCAUCAAAUCUGGGCAAGGCGAGCCGAAUCCCAGGCCCUGGGAAACCACGGGGACCUUAUGCAGAGGUCAAGCCCAUUAGCAAGACCUUUGAGGGAGGCCAGAGUCCAGGACCAGACAUUGAUGAACCCCCUGUUAAGGCUAAUGGAGCCGCCAGUACAGGAGUUAAUGGCGCAAAACUCGGCGAGAACGGAAAAUUUGCUCCCCUCUUAGAUGAGAACAAGAAAGAGGGGAAGGUGGUAGAAGGAGAAGAUGAUAAGGCUUUUUUAAAGGUGGACCCUGAAUUAGUGGUUACAGUUCUGGGGGAUCUGGAGCAACUGUUGUUCAGCCAAGUGCUUGACUCAGAGUCCCAGAGGAAGAAGACAGUGCAAAAUGUUUUGGACCUACGACAGAACCUGGAGGAAACCAUGACCAGCCUGAGAGGAGUACCGCUGAACCAUAGCUGUUUGCCGGGGACCGUGUGCUACGACAGUGAUGAAGCUACUGCGUUUUCCAUUUCCAGUCUAUCCAAUCGCUCCUCUCCAUUGUCGUGGCGCCACAGUCAAGCGAGCCCACGUCUCCAGGCUGGCGACGCCCCAUCUACUGUCGGCACCCAAUCAGACAUCGCUCUUCGGAUCAGUCGUACCUCUCGCAUCCAUCUCAUCGAAGAUUUGGAUGACACAGAUCCGUCCCUGCUGAAAGGAGAUUACUUGAGCGACAGUGACCUCGGUGGGAAAAGCCCCAAUGAGGACGAUGAAGAUGAUGUGGAUAUUGAUGAACUGGGGAAUGGUUGGGAUGAGAGCAGCUCCAUUAGCAGUGGCCUGAGUGACGGCUCCGACAACCUGAGUUCUGAGGAGUUCAUCACAAGCCCCACGCUCAACUCACUUCCUUCCACCCCCAUUGGUUCCCGCAGAAACUCGGCCAUUGUGAUGCGCACAGAUGCUGAGAAAAGGUCUCUGGUGGAAAGUGGACUGUCAUGGGACAGUGAUAAUACCAAGCCCAGCCGCAAGAGUUUGGGCAGCAACACAUAUGAUACAGGAAGCCUCAAGUCAGAAUCAGACAAUAAAUGGAAAAAGUCAAAGCCGCAUGUGGAAGGUCAUGAAGGUGGAAAGGGUGAACUGAAGAAGCCUCAGACACUGGGCCAUGCGUUGAAGAAGGGGCGAAACCCACCGGUGGCAGUCACCUCCCCCAUUGCGCACACACCCCCAAGUGGGCUGAAAGUGGCAGGUACAGUGAAGACAGAUGGAAAACCAUUAGAUAAAUCUCGCUUAGCAGUGAAAAACACCAGUCUUCAGCGCUCAUCUUCUGAUGCUGGGAAAGAUCAGCGGAAUGGGACCAGUUCUUGUGAGCAACGUAAACCUCCUUCAGGUCUUGCCAGGCCGUCGGCCGGAGGGAGCUUUGGAUUCAAAAAGCCCACCUUAAAUAGUAGCAGUUCACCCACUGUGACUGCUGGUGGCAACAUUCCCAAGACAUCUGGUAUUCCUGUCAAACCAGCAGCAGGUGGACGCAAAACUAGCUUGGACGUCUCUAACACUGAUGAGAGCGGCUUUUUGUCUCCAAAUGCCAGAACAUCACUUCAGUACCGCUCUUUGCCCCGUCCGGCCAAAACGAGUACCUUGACUCUAACCCGGCCGAGCUCAGCGCGCCCAGUGAGCAGCACCUCUGACACGGGCUCCGGACUAACGAAACCCUCUGCAACCACCCUCCAGGGGCCGAGACUCAAAGAGCAAGCCGGACUAAGUAAAACAGUUAGUCGGGGGAUCCCAACUCCUGUUAAUCAAACGGACCGAGAGAAGGAAAAGGAGCGAGCCAAAGCUAAAGCUGUCGUGUCAGACUCGGAGUGUGGAAAUGGCUCUCUGAAGGGGAAUCGAACACAAACUGCUUCUGAGAACGGAGGGAGGUUCCAAGGGCUCAGACCUCCUAGUGGGAGCAAGAGCACAGAUUUACCGUCAUCUAAUACCCACAGAUUGUCUGGAUCCCGCAGUUUGACAAAGCCUCUAUCCGUCACCCAUCUCGACAAGCUAAACUCCAACAACAUGGAGAUCAUCGGCAUGCACGAAUCCGUGCCUCCAAAGAUUCCUCCUUUCGCAAAGCUUCAAGAACUGGCCAGUUCUACGAGCCCUUGCCUUAGCCCCAGCCCUGCCCCUUUACUCAAUGUAAACUCUUCAACCUGCUUCCCGGGCUCAGGGAUGGGUUUGGGGCCCAGGCAGGUUACCUCUCUCGGAGUGGAGAGGAGCACCGGGAGUACCUCUCCUCUGCUCUACCCUCGUGUUUCAGGACUGCAUCGCAGCAUGGAGUCCCUACCAUUCCAGAUCAGUGUGGCUUCAGAGCUGCAGCAGAGGGGACGGGAGAAGUCAAUGAAAAGCUACGAUUCCAGUGAGUCCAGAGACAAAGAUCGGCAUGAAGACAGAGGCUCCCCUGCUAGCUGGAACUCUGGAAGUCAAGUGUCCUUGACAGAGACAGACAGUUCUCAGAGGGACAGAAACACUCUGCCAAAGAAAGGUUUAAGUUUCAGCAGUGCCUCCCACGUUGACUUUGACAGAAAGGAGAAAGGAGACAGGAGACACUCACACACUAUUCUGAGCAUGACUGACUCACUCACUCUUCCAAUGCUGUCGUCUCCGCCCACGUCCUUGUCCCGCCCUUCCACAACCACUACAGUGCCAAGCCCUGUUGGUGGACCUCCGAAAAUGACUCGAUCCAACAGCAUCCCAACGCAAGACACCUCCAUUGAGCUCUUCGGGGCGUCUCCACUUGGAAGCACAUUGUCACUUGCGGAACGCCCCCGCAGUUUAGGAAUGGUCCGCUCUGGCUCCUUCAGAGACAAAGAUGUGAAUGAUGAAUUUCAUGGAUCUGUAAUCUCCUUGGCAUCCAACGCCUCGUCCAGCUACUCUUCGGUGAGUGGGAAUGCCAUUCAGACACAGGCAGAGGAAAGGAUACAGGGAGAGCAAAUCCGGAAGCUGAGGAGAGAACUGGAGUCUUCUCAGGAAAAAGUGUCAAACCUAACCACACAGCUGUCAGCAAACGCGAAUCUGGUGGCCGCCUUUGAGCAAAGUCUUGCACUGAUGACAACCCGACUGCAGAGUCUGUCAUUAAGUCACGAGCAGAAGGACACAGAGCUGCAGGAGUUGCGGGAUACCAUCGAAGCCCUAAAGGCCAAAAAUGAUGAGGCACAGGCCGUUAUACACGGAGCCUUAAAUCACCCAGAUAACGAUAAAGACUUGCCAAUGCAUCGCCAGAACUCAUGUGAAAGCCUCUCCAGUCUCAACAGUCUGACCAGUAUGUCAAGUUUGGGCAGCUUAAAGGACCAGGAUGCUAAGAAGAAGAAAAAAAAGAGCUGGCUUAGAAGCUCUUUCAACAAGGCCUUCAGCAUUAAGAAAGGCACCAAAACCUGCUCAGACAUAGAAGAAAUUGUCACACCAGACUCCUCUGCUCCUAACUCGCCAAAGAUGCUUCAUGAGGGGGCGGAUUCAGGAGAUAAUCUGUCUGCUACCCGCAAAAUAUCUACAUCUGACAUCUCCUCCAGGAUCAUGGGGAUAACAGAGGUGGAAGAAGGUGACGAACGGGCGGUUUCAGAGUUGCGUUCAGAGCUGUGGGAAAAAGAGAGAGAGCUGACCGACAUUCGACUGGAGGCUUUAAACUCUGCUCAUCAGCUGGAGCAGCUCAGAGAUGCCAUGGACAACAUGGAGUCAACGGUGGAGAGCCUGAAGGCGGAGAAUGACCAUCUUAGAGUCGGAAGUCAGUUCCAUUUAUCCGGGUCUGGUCCCACCUCAUCCACCUCGCAGCCUUCGGGGUUGGCCUCCUUCUCGGGACCGUCACUGAGACAACCGAUGUCCCUCACCAAGUCCUUCAGCCUUAGUCUGAACGAUUGUAAAGGAGCAGAUGUGUCUCCAGGCAACAUGUUAAAUGUGUCUUCUCAGCUGGACGAGGUGUGUGCACAAGUGCUGGUUCGCUUCACAGAUCAAGCUGAGGAGCAUAAACAACAGCUGGAACAUUAUCUAGGCUCUGUGAUAAUCAGUGAGAAGACAGAAUGGGCCUAUCUCGACUCCAUGAUAGCCAAGACAUUCAGGGAAUACCUAACUCAAGUGGAUCCGACAGUCAGCUUGGGCCUGAACUGUGAUUCGCUGCACAUGUAUGAGAUUAAGGGAGCGAUGAGAAUGAUAGGAGGAGACAAACCGCACAUGUCACCUUAUCGAUGUCUCAGUGGUUGUCCGGCUCGCAUCUUUGUCACCUUGAAAGGUCUCGGAGAACAAAGUGUGGACUCGCUGGUAUUCGAGACCCUCAUCCCCAAGCCCAUGAUGUUGCACUACAUCGGCCUUCUGAUAAAGCACAGGCGUCUGGUCCUCUCUGGGCCCAGUGGCACAGGGAAGACUUACUUGGCUCAGCAUCUAGCGCACUACCUUGUGCAGCGUAGCCGCAACGACUCGCCCGAAGGGGACAGCGAGCCCGCAGUGGUGGGCCGCUGCGCUGCCAUCUCUUUCAACAUGCAUCGGCAGACGCAAAAGGAGCUGCAGUUGUACCUGUCCGAUCUAGCCAAUCGGAUUGACCGAGAGAGCUCGGGUGACCUCCCGCUAGUUGUUAUCAUCGACGACAUAAGUGAUGCCGCUGCCACUACCGAGCUCAUUAAUGGAGCGCUCACCUGCAAGUAUCAUAAAUGUCCUUACAUCAUCGGAACCACGAAUCAAUCUGUGAAGAUGUCAUCCAACCACGGCCUGCACCUUAGCUUCAGAAUGGUUCCGUUCUCAAAUAAUGUGGAGCCAGCCAAUGGCUUUCUCCUGCGGUACCUCCACCGCAAAGUUGUGGAAGCUUACCAGAAGAAGGAGCACGACACGUCCCAACACCAGGACCUCCUCUGCGUUCUAGAUUGGGUGCCGCAGCUCUGGUACCACCUUCACACGUUCCUUGAGAAACACAGUACAUCUGAUUUUCUGAUAGGCCCUUGCUUCUUCCUAUCAUGCCCUGUCUCAGUGGAAGACUUCCGAAAGUGGUUUAUUGACCUGUGGAACCACUCCAUCAUACCAUACCUGCAGGAAGGAGCCAAGGACGGCAUUAAGGUCCACGGUCAGAAGGCGGUGUGGGAGGACCCUGUGGAGUGGGUAAGAGGGACCCUCCCUUGGCCCAAUGCACAGCAGGACCAGUCCAAACUCUACCACUUACCUCCCCCAAGCAUCGGCCAACACAUUGAAGAGAAGAAGCCCCUCAAAGACAACCCUACACCCAGCGCGCUUGAGUCAGACCCUCUGAUGAUUAUGCUGUUGAAGCUCCAGGAGUCGGCAAACACCGUCGAGUCGCCGGAAUGAGAAGGCAGCCUGCAUCCACUCUGAGGACUGACUUGUAUUGUUUAUUAGGAGAAUUGUGUCCCACAAAUACGAAAACUAGUCCAGACCCACGUUUGCCCCCCUUCUGGAGCUAUGGGUGCUUUACAUACUUUGUUCAAUGCCAAAAUUGCACUUUAUUUCCGGUGUGUACUAACUGGACUUCAGGAUUCAUCAUAGUGUCAAAGGAGAAGCUUGCAGUUAAACAAUAAUACUGCUUGGUAGCAGCACCUCUGUUCUUCACAGUGUAACAAAUGAAACAGGCUUAUGCAUCGCGCUGAACUAGGAUUGUAAAAUACACAGAAGAUUUAAAAAAUGUUUCUUUAUACACAUAACCUGAAAAAAAUACAACAAUUAAAAUUGCCGUUUUAAACCUUUUUUUUGGGCAAUAGAUGAAGGUGCAUCUUUUGUAGGAUUUUGUACUGAUUAAUUCCCAGUAAUAAUCAGCCAUGUGCAGCAAAAAAUGUCUAGGGACUUAAAACCAAACGAGUGCUUCCGUCCUUGCUGCUUCAAUCAUCAAAAAACGUCAAAAACUGCACAAAAAGCGUUUUUGGUUUUACAUUGUUAUUUCUUUUUCACUAAUUAUUACGUGGGACUGUCCCCAUCCUUAGCCAUUUUCAUGAAUAACCAUGAGGAAAAGCUCAGAUUGCAACAAAGAAAGGCGAAACCAUGGGUGGGCCUUAAAUCCCCAACCCCUUAUGUGUCUGGACAGGUUCUGUCUAGAUCUUCUUUUACUUUGCAUACAAGGUGCUGUUGUAGAGACGUGAUGCCUACAUCUGUCUGUGCCUGAAAGCCCCAAUUGGCCUGAAGCUGCCUUUGAACUGCUUGAAUCCACCAUUUUGAGGCCUCAAUUUGGAGGGAGUUACCAUAGAAAGCAGCUCACCAAUUGUAAAAUCUGGAAGCUUUGAGUAGUGAUGAUUUGGACCUUUUGUUCAUAGUCAGGGUGAAGGGCUGUUUGUUAGACUGUUUUGUGUGUUGAGUGGGCUGCUAAGAUAAGUGUGAUUUCACGAGUGUAUGAAAAUCUGGACAUGCGGUAACUCAAGCGAAGUUUAGAGAUGAAAUAGUGAUUUACAUUUUCAUGUUUUCUUUGAUUGGACCUACCAUGUUUGUAAAAAAACAAAAACAAAAAAGAAUAUCCUCUUUUCAUUUUGUUUUAAAGGACUUUCUGAUGCAAAUAUUUGUAAAGAUUUGUUUCUCUUUUUGUACAUGUCGUCACUGUUGUAAACUAUGUAAAUAACAAGCGCAUCUGCGAAAGCAAUCCUGAAAGAGUGUGGAAACAUGAAGACAAAUGCAGAUCAUGGGCUUUGGUUGUUAAUUGUCUUCCUUCAAUAAGAGGAAGGAGCACUUGAUUUUGAAGUGGGCCUAAGUGUUUUGUACGGCAUGUCCAUGUAACCGCAUCACAUGUCUAACAUUGAGGUAUGGACACAAUAAAGUCAUGCCAUCCAA